AUGUCUCAGUAUCAGCUUACUGUGGCCACCAGGGCCAAUCAGCCCUAUGUACUUCCUGUCCUACUGGUCGCAACUUCCAUCAACGAGGCACGACCAAGCCCAGUGAUAUCGAUCACCUAUGAGGAUACUGCGGUUCUUCGUGAAGGAGACAAGGCCGUCGUGCAAUACACUGGAGCUAGCGGUAAUCCUAUCUUUGGCCUUAUCAAUGCUGUUCAGGAACUCCGCAAAGACUUCCCCUUCCUUAACAGCAAGGAUGAGAAGCUGGAGAAUGAAUGGCUGUCUCAGUUGGAAGCAUUUGCUCCUCUAGAUUUCAAGGCCCUUGACCCUGAAUUGCAGCGCCUCGAUACCCACCUCCUGCUGAGAUCUUUCGUCGUCGGUUACGCUCUCUCGACGGCCGACAUUGCCCUUUGGGGUGCCAUCCGAGGCAACCGUGUCGCAGUUGCCGCGAUCAAGAAGGGCUCACUUGUCAAUGUGACUCGUUGGUUCUAUUUCUUGGAGGAUCUGUGCCCGUGGGCCACAUCUACACUGGAGGUCUUGAACCAGGCUGUGCGAGAGAAGAAGGCCGCCAAGGCGAAGGAGGGAGCUAGCUACGACAUCGCUCUUCUCAACACUGAAAAAGGCGUGGUGACAAGGUUUCCUCCCGAGCCUUCAGGUUAUCUUCACAUCGGUCACGCAAAAGCUGCGCUGCUCAACGACUACUUUGCCCACGAGAAGUAUAAUGGCACCCUUCUUGUCCGCUUUGACGACACAAAUCCUUCGAACGAGAAGCUCGAGUUCCAGGACGCGAUCAUUGAAGAUCUUGCUCUCAUGGGCAUCAAGCCCGACAAGAUGAGCUACACCAGUGACUACUUUGACGAGCUUUACCAGUACGCCCUUCAAAUCAUCAAGGACGGUAACGCCUACGCCGACGAUACCGAGAAGGAGGUCAUGGCUGAGCAGAGAAUGAAUGGAAAACCCAGCAAGCGUCGUGAUGCAUCCGUCGAGGAGAACCUUGCCCGCUUCGAGGAGAUGAAGAAGGGUACCCCUGAGGGUCUCCGUUGGUGUAUCCGAGCCAAGAUGUCUGUCGAUAACCCCAACAAGGCCAUGCGUGAUCCUGUCAUUUACCGCUGCAACCCUGCCCCUCACCACCGCACUGGGACGAAGUGGAAGAUCUAUCCUACCUAUGACUUCGCCUGCCCUAUCGUCGAUUCAAUUGAGGGUGUGACUCAUGCCCUCAGAACCAUUGAAUACCGCGAUCGCAACCCUCAGUACCAGUGGUUCUUGGACACGCUCAAGCUUCGCCAUGUCCAAAUCUGGGAUUUUGCUCGCAUGAACUUCAUUCGCACCUUGCUGUCUAAGAGAAAACUUACCAAGCUCGUUAACCAAGGUGUCGUCUGGGGAUGGGAUGAUCCUCGUUUCCCCACCAUCCGAGGCAUCCGACGAAGGGGAAUGACUAUCCCUGCUCUGAGAGAAUUCAUUCUUAAGCAGGGACCCAGCAAGAACAUCACCAACCUUGACUGGACCCUGAUCUGGGCGACCAACAAGAAGUACAUUGAUCCUGUCGCACCUCGUCACACUGCCAUUCUCAAGAAGGAUAUGGUCAAGGCGAUCGUCAAGGGAGGCCCGGCUACACCUUACACGGAAGAGAAACCUAAGCACGGCAAGAACCCUGCAGUUGGUAUGAAGAAGGUGGUUUUUGGUAACACGGUCAUUUUCGACCAGAAAGAUGCCAAGAGCUUCAAGCAAGAUGAAGAGAUCACCUUGAUGAGCUGGGGUAAUGCCAUUGUCCGUAAGAUCGAGACCGAUCCUACCUCAGGCAUCGUCAAGGAGCUGGAGCUGGAGCUCCACCUGGAAGGUGACUUCAAAAAGACCGAGAAGAAGGUCACGUGGCUCUCUACUGAGGGACAGGACCUAAUUCCCGUUGAAUUGGUCGAUUUCGACUAUCUCCUCAACAAGGACACCCUGCAGGAGGACGACGUCCUUGAGGAUGUCCUGAACAAGAACACCGAGUUCAGAGAGGACGCUGUUGCUGACUGCAACGUCGCUGAACUGAAAGAAGGUGACAUCAUCCAGUUUGAGCGCAAGGGCUAUUACCGUGUUGACCGGGCCUAUGUACCGGGCAAGCCGGCUGUUUUGUUCAACAUUCCCACGGGCAAGACGGGCAAAUAG